AUGGACCAUAUGGUAAAAGGUCCAGUCUUGGCCAAGGUGAAUACAAACACUUACACGAACCUUCUUCAUUCGAGCUCCCAAACGAGACCAGAGAAUGUAUGUUGGAAAUGCGAGAAAGAAGGAACAUUAUUGAUAUGUAGCAGGAACGCGUUUGGAGCAAAAGUUCACAAGAAAUGCUUGAGUUGUCUGAUUUACGUUGACGAAGACGGGACUGUUAUGUCUGCUGCUAUGAUCGAGUCGCCAUGGAGUACUUUGAAUUUCGGAAGUUGA